UAAUUUAAUUAACUAAAAACAACACAAAAAUUGAAAAUAUCACAAAUGUAAACUGUGAAAUAAAGCAUUUGUUGUGUUCUUAAAAAAAUAAUAUGUAUCGAAACUGGCACAGAUUGACCGACAUCUGGCGCCAACAAUUGUUGUACGAAAAUAGAUCCGCGUUUUUACAACUGCAAAAUGUUGUUAAUUUCAAAAUUGAUGCCACCCACCAAAUACCGGAUGUGCUCCGAAAGCGUCAGUUUGUGCCGCACGAUGUCGACACAAAUGCCACAGAAGCUUUGCCGAAGGAAAAGAGGGUUGUUAUAUGCGGUGGUGGUAUAAUGGGUGCAUCUGUUGCUUAUCAUUUAGCAUUGUUGGGCUGGGGACCGAAUACAUUGCUUAUAGAACAAGAUGUGGUUGGCGGUGGCAGCCCAUGGACGGCCAGUGGUUUGGCAGGUCGCUUUGAGUCUAGCUACACUGAACUUAAAUUGGCAGAAUAUUCAGUGGACUUAAUUAAAGACUUAACACAAAAAGGACUGCCAACUGGCUGGAAACAAGUCGGCAGUCUUAAUCUGGCACGCAGUUUUGAUCGUAUGACCUCUUACAAUCGUAUGAAAUCACAAGGUGUGGCUUGGGGUGUGGAUUGUGAAAUACUCACUCCAGAGCAAUGCAAGGAACGUUGCCCAUUGAUUGAGAUUGAUGAUUUGGCCGGUGGUUUUUGGAUACCUGCAGAUGGUGUUUGUGAUCCGCAAUUAGUUUGUAAAUCUUUCGUUUCGGAGGCACAGCGGAAAGGUGUACAAGUUAUAGAGCAUUGUGUUGCCAAAAAUGUACGCACUUCACAUGGUCGAGUUACCCGUAUCGAAACAACGGCUGGUGAUGUAAUGUGUGACUAUUUUGUGAAUUGUACUGGCUUUUGGGCCCGUGAAGUUGGCACACUAUCUUCACCAGCUGUUAAAGUGCCAUUAAAAGCCGUAGAACAUCAUUAUUUGCAUACAAAGAAAAUAGAGGGACUGGAUCCUAUGACGCCUUUUGUACGUGACUUUGAUGGUGGUGUUUAUUUUAGAGAGAAAAAUGGCUGCAUACUGGCAGGUGGCUUUGAGCGUGAAGCAAAAAUGGCUUAUGAAGAUGGCACUGUACCGCUUUCACAAGCAGAACGAGAGUUGCAACCUGAUUGGGAUCAUUUUCAUGAUUUAUUAGAUGAACUGCUGCGCCGUGUGCCAACAUUUAGAAAUGCCACAUUAGAUCGACUCUCCAAUGCACUUGAAGCAUUUUCACCAGAUUGUAAAUGGAUUUUAGGCGAAUCGCCUGAAAUACAAAACUAUUUUGUAUCAGCUGGUAUGAAAACGAUUGGUGUUUCCGCUGCCGGUGGCAUUGGACGUUCUCUAGCUGACAUGAUUGUCAAAGGUUCAACGUUUUUGGAUUUGCAUAUAUUAGACAUAACACGCUUUUUGGGUUUACACAAUAAUCGCAAAUUUCUAAAGGAUCGUUGUAAAGAAGUCCCAGGCAAACAUUUUCAAGUUAAUUAUCCUUUUGAUGAAUUUCAAACUGGACGAAAUUUGCGCAUGUCACCCAUAUAUCCAGCCUUAAAAGAAGCUGGCGCUGUUUUUGGUCAAACUAUGGGUUAUGAGAGACCAAAUUAUUUUGAUGUGAACGACAAAACUGAUGAAUUUGGCAUACCACGUUUUCGUAUAGCUCAUACGAACACCUUUGGCAAACCACCUUGGUUUGAUCAUGUUGCUUCAGAGUAUAAAGCGUGCCGUGAACGCGUUGGCAUUGCGGAUUAUAGUUCUUUCACCAAAUACGAUUUGUGGUCGAAAGAUAGAGAAGUUAUAGAUUUACUGCAAUAUUUAUGCUCAAAUGAUGUCGAUGUGCCUGUGGGAUCUAUAAUUCAUACAGGCAUGCAAAAUUAUGCUGGAGGCUAUGAAAAUGACUGCUCUUUAGCGCGUUUAUCCGAAAAACAUUAUAUGAUGAUUGCACCUACUAUACAACAAACACGUGCCAUGAGUUGGAUCCGUAGACAUAUGCCAAAUCAUUUACGUGCCGGUGUUAACGUUGCCGAUGUCACUUCAAUGUACACAGCUAUUUGUAUAUUAGGUCCUUAUUCACGAGUCUUGCUUUCUGAGCUGACUGAUACGGAUUUGUCAUCAAAGAACUUCCCAUUUUUCACAUAUAAGGAACUUGAUGUUAGUCUUGCUAAUGGUAUACGCACACUCAACAUAACACAUACUGGUGAACUAGGUUAUGUGCUUUAUAUCCCAAACGAAUUUGCUUUACAUGUCUAUUCAAGACUCUAUAGUGCUGGCCAAAAAUAUGGCAUACAACAUGCGGGUUAUUAUGCCACACGCACUUUGCGGAUUGAAAAAUUCUAUGCAUUUUGGGGUCAGGACCUGGAUACAUUCACAACACCAUUGGAAUGUGGUCGCAGUUGGCGUGUUAAGUUUAAUAAACCCAUCAACUUUAUUGGAAGAGAAGCUUUAUUAAAACAACGCGAGGAAGGAGUUAAGCGUAUGUACGUGCAAUUAUUAUUGAAUGAUCAUGAUCAUGAAGUUGAUCUCUGGUGUUGGGGUGGUGAACCUAUUUAUCGCGAUGGUAAAUAUUGUGGAAUGACUACAACUACCGGUUAUGGCUUCACCUUUGCGAAACAAGUUUGUCUUGGAUUCGUCCGGAACUUUGAUGAAGCUGGUAAUGAACUUCCUGUGACCAAUGACUAUGUGCUUUCUGGUCACUAUGAAGUUGAAGUUGCCGGCAUACGUUUCGAAGCUAAAGUCAAUUUGCAUUCACCAAAUGUACCAACCAAAUUUCCUGAUCGAGAACGUGCAGCAUAUCAUGCAACACGUGAUAAACCUGAUCAGGCGGAUCUAUUAACUUAUGAGACAAAGUUUUAAAAGCAUUUAUUUAUUUAUAUUUAAAAAAAUGUAAAAGAUAUUAAAAACAUAACAGGUCGA